UCAGACACAGAACAACUCCUCCUCAAAGAGAGAGCAAGCAGAGCAGCAACAGCUCUAUUACCGAAGCUAAACUCUAGCUUUCACUAAGAGAACUACGAGAACUUAACGGAGAAAAGAAGCAGAACAAGACAUUUCUUACAACGAGAUCCACUCGAUCAGACGACAAGCUCCCUGCAUACUCGCAAGAGACCAAGGAAGACUUUUGAAGACCUCGAAGACGUAUUUUUGUCUAAGAUACUCAGAGAAAAACAAGAGAAGCAAAAUGUCUGCUGGACCGACCAUGAGCCUGAUUUCUUUCAUCUGCCUCACUCUCUCCUACCUGGCUGCGGCUCAGGAGUGCAGUGGACAGUGUAGCUGCCCUGAUGUCGCCCCCCAGUGCCCCCUGGGAGUCAGCCGGGUGCCCGACGCCUGCGGGUGCUGCAGGGUGUGCGCCAAACAGAUGGGCGAGUUCUGCACGGAGAAGGACGUGUGCGACCCCCACAAGGGACUCUUCUGCGACUUUGGUUCCCCCGUCAACCGUCGCAUCGGAGUGUGCACAGCCAAGGGUGGCGCCACCUGUGUGAUGGGAGGGACUGUGUACAGGAGCGGAGAGACCUUCCAGAGCAGCUGUAAAUACCAGUGCACCUGCCUGGACGGCGCCGUGGGCUGCGUGCCCCUCUGCAGCAUUGACAUCCGCCUGCCAAGCCCAGACUGCCCCGCGCCCCGCCGCGUCAAAGUGCCCGGGAAGUGUUGCGAGGAGUGGGUGUGCGAUGCCCCCCCGCACACAAACAGCUUUGUGGGCCCCGCACUCGCCGUGUACAGAGAGGAGGAGACUUAUGGGCCAGACCCCUCCAUGAUCAGGGAGAACUGCCUGGUCCAGACCACCGAGUGGAGUGCCUGCUCUAAGACCUGCGGCCUGGGCAUCUCCACCAGGGUCACCAACGACAACCGCGAGUGCCGCCUGGAGAAACAGUCCCGCCUGUGCAUGGUCAGACCCUGCGAGUCCCACAUGGAGCAGAGCAUAAGGAAAGGAAAGAAAUGCAUCCGCACACCGAGAGUGUCCAAGCCCAUGAAGUUUGAGAUCUCUGGUUGCACCACCACCAAAGCCUACCGCCCCAAGUUCUGCGGAGUGUGCACAGAUGGUCGAUGCUGCACUCCUCACAGAACCACUACCCUGCCCAUGGAGUUCAAGUGCCCCGACGGCCAGGUCAUGAAGAAGCAGAUGAUGUUCAUCAAGACGUGCGCGUGCCACAACAACUGCCCCGGGGAGAAUGACAUCUUCGAGUCCAUGUACUACAAGAAAAUGCUGGGAGACAUGGCAUAAACUGUCACGUCAGCAAAAAGCAAACACAACCAAUGACUCUUAACUUGAAUCCCAACAGAUAUCCAUCUCAUCUUGCAGCACAAUAUUUGUUUGUCUUCUGGUUUGCUAUUUUCUCAUUUUACAAUUUUGUAUUUCGUACAACAACAGAAAACUAUACUAGUAUAUUCAAUGUAUAUGUAUGAGUGUACCAAUGGAUGUCUAGGGUCAGUUGCCCUAAAGAGGGGGCCAAAGACAGGGGGCUGCUCUGUGGCCCCAAGAAAACUGCACUAUAGUUCUACUAUGUGACAACCUAUGUUGUUGUCACUAAUUGGCUGACGCCAUUUUUCCCUCCCCUUUAACUGUGGCUGUUACCCAACUAACUGGCCACGUUAGCAGCCUCGGAGCACUUGCUGUAACGAAGGGUGAAGACUUUUAACCCAAGUAGGGAAAUGUAUGUCCUUUACCCACCAGAGUGCUGGUUGAAUGUGUCCUUGUGUAUAGUUGACUGCUUGCCGAGCGGUUCCAGUGUUAACGACAGGUCGUGGCUCAGCUCAUGCUGAAAAACAGCCUUCCUUCCUGACAAGGAGCGUAGUGUGCAUGCUUUGACGGUUUGCCACAGCACUGAAAAAAGACGUGUUUGACUUUGACUUACUGAUUCAGGUCGCAAGAAAGGAAUCAGUAUUUGCCCCCCCCCCCAAAAAAAAUACAAAAACUG